UAUAACAUACACUGUAUGCAUAAUACAUUUUAUAUAUUACCUACAUUAUGUAUUACCUACAUACGUCAUAACGAAUAACAUAAAAUGUAUCCAUACUUACUCGCAAAGUAAUUUCAAUACAAAUUAGAGAAAGAAUACGAUUACAGGAGCUAUAAUAGUAAAUACGAUGUGUAUAAGAAUGUUUCGAAGAACGGGUAUAGUUAUUAGCAAGGAUUAAUGAUGUUCAUCAGCCAUCGCCACCGUGUAUAUAAACCCAUCGCGUUGGUCGAAAAGGCACACAACUCCUUCGCCUGUCUCAUCGAACACUCCUGAACACAGUCUAAGACAAGUCUUCUCAAAUAAUCGACCCGUCAACAAUCACCGAACCUUCAAAAUGUUCAAGUACACGAUCGUGAUCUUGGCGCUGGCCGUUUCCGCCGCGUUGGCCGUCAACAUCCAGCAGGACUUCCAGCAGCAAAAGCAACCGAGCGCCGAGGCUAGCCACUUGGUGGCGCACAAGAAGCAAAAGCCCGAGAAGUUCGUAUACGUGUCCGAGCCGGUUCGAGAAGAAGGCGGCGGUCUGAUCGAGUCCGGGCUGUCCGGGUUGCUCAGCGUCAUCGGGCUGCCCAAAAAAGUGUUGGGCGCCGUGGUCGGUUUCGCCUACGGCAAGAUCCGGUCGAUGGGCGUGAAGAACCUGCUGAAGACCGCGCUGGUGGCCGGUCUGAUCACCGUGCUCGGUGCCGUGGCCGCUGUGGUCGCCGUGUCCGUGGCCGGUUUGGUGUCCGUCGUGUCCGGCCUGUGCGCGGCCGCGUUUUACUUCGUCGGCGGAGGCGGCGGUGCCAACGGCGGUGGCCACGGCAACGGUGACGCCUACGGUCAGGCGAGCGAGUCUAGGAUGGAUUCGAUCACCGACUUCGUCAUGACCGCGUUCGACAAGUACGAGUCGUUGGAUAAGGCGUAGUGACCAACACGCGCACGUCCGUCGUCGCAUUGCCCGUAUGACGACGAAUCGUUCUAUUUAUUGUAAACAUAUUUAUUGUUAUUGUUUUGCCCGCACCGCGGAAAAUAAAUCUAAAUUAUUCAACCAUAUUCGAAUCUAUGUCCAUGUGUAGAGUACUCUCUUCCGGUUUCCUCAUUUACACCUGUAUAUGCUUUUUGUGUUUGUGUGUGUGUGUGUGUGUACCCGUAACGUUUUAUUGUACAAUGAGUUCCGAUCUGAUUGGAUUCGACGGAAAUUACACGACCUUGACUGCAAAUCUCGGUUCUGGUCGUGUCAACAUUGUGCAGGGUCGUCCACCGAUGCAGUGUUACAACCAUCGGUUUUCAACGAUACGACGGUGUAACUCUUCGAUUAUUAAGAAUCGAAUUUCCAUCGCACGACAGUUAUUUUUUCGAACCCGAUAAGAAAUUACAAUAUAUCAUUAACUUUCGUCGUGAAAAAAAAAAAAAUAGAAAAAUUACUAGUAAGUAUAUAAUAUCAAAUCGUCGUUAACACGUAGUAGUAGUAUAUGCAAUUAAACGACACUAUUAUGGUAAUGGGAAGGUAGCAUUUCAAUUAGAACAACCGAAAACGUUUAAUAUGAUUGUCUAUACCAGUGAUGUUUAACUUUUUUUCAUUGAUGGGCCACUUUGGUAAACAAU